AUGACUGAACGGAAUUACUCUUUGUUUAAAUUCAAUCUUUGGAAAAGUGCCGUCCAUGUGUGCUUCCAGAACAGUGCGCUAUUGUUGCUAGCUUGUUUCCUCUUACCAGCUGUUCAUACUUGGAAAAACGACGCAACUACAGAGAAGAUAGUAAGUACUUCUAAAGUGCCUGAAAUAACUACAAGCAGUGUGACCAUCAGUACCAUCGUGUGUGAUGUUGGUGGCAAGAACAUAUGUGGUACCAAUGAAGAAUGCAAAGCUAUUGAUAAAACAAAAAAUGGCCAUUGUGAAUGUAAAACUGGUUUCCAAAGAAAUUCAGACAAUGUCUGCAAUGAAUUACAUGUUACAUCAGCUUUCAGCUCCACCUCAAGUACAGUGUCCACAACAGGAACAUCAAACAGUGGUAAUAAUUCAGGGACCAGCACAACAUCCAAGAACUCUUCUGCAGUAACAAUACCAGUAACUACAACAACAACAACAACAACAACAAAAGCACCUGCCAUACAGCAACUGACCGUCUCAGCAGGCAAGAAUAAAAUUCUACGGUUGCCACAAAAAGAAGUUCAACUCUCAGCAUUUGUAGUUCCAGUCGCAGAAAAAGAUGAAGAAUAUCAUUACAAAUGGUCUGUGAUCCAUUUUCCUGAGGGAGCAGAGAAAGGGUCUAUGUCUGGUCCUGACAGCCCAACUUUCACCCUUAAAGAUUUGGUUCUUGGUUUGUAUACAUUGAAAGUAGAUGUCAUUGGAAAAAACAAGGCUGGAGAGGCUGCUGUCAAUAUAACUGUGAUCCCUCCUAAAAGAACCAACAAACCCCCAGUGGCCAUCAUCAAACCUACCAGCCUAAAAGUUAAAUUGCCCAAAUCUGCUAUUUUGGAUGGCUCCGAAAGUACUGAUGAUGUUAAAAUUGUUAAAUACAAAUGGGAAGAAAUCAGUGGCCCAAUCAAUGACCGUCCUAUUGAAGGAAACAAGUCAAUGUUGAAGUUGAAUCAAUUGGAACCUGGAGAAUAUCAGUUCAAGUUAACUGUAAUAGACUCAGAUGGAGCCACAAAUUCCACAACAGCAAACGUAACAGCCAUCAAGGAGACAGAUUACAAGCCUACAGCCAAUGCUGGUUCUGACAUUGUGAUUAACCUUCCACAGAAUUAUGUCACUUUGUAUGGCAAUGCUAGCACAGAUGACAAAGGGAUCAAGAGUUAUGAAUGGACCAAGGCGCCUGAUGGUCAAUUGGCUGCAGACAUGAUGGGUGUACGUACUCCAUUUCUGAAUUUGUCCAAUUUGGAAGAAGGAAACUACAAGUUCACUCUGAAAGUAACAGAUACUGGUGGACAAACAGCUACUGCAGAUGUCCAUGUAUUUGUCAAACCAGAAGUGAACCAUCCUCCUAAAGCUUCAACAGCUGGUGAAUUGACUGUCAGUCUUCCUGUUCCAAGCCUUGUCCUGGAUGGACACAACAGCACUGAUGACAAAGGAAUUGUCAAAUACUUGUGGGAACAAGUAAGUGGACCAAAACUGACUCUGUCCAACACUGACCGGAAUAUUGCAACAGCCACUGGGGACAUCAAAGUAGGCAUAUAUGUUUUUAAACUUACUGUCUAUGACAUGCAGGGACAAACUGGAUCAACAACACUCAAAAUUACUGUGAAACAAAAUGAAAAUAAACCUCCUGUGGCUGAUGCGGGUGGCGAUAAAGUGAUUAUCCUCCCUCAAAAUAUGGUCUCUGUAGAUGGGUCACGAUCUAAAGAUGAUCACAAAAUUGUACGUUAUCAGUGGACAAGAGAACCAGACAGUUUGGCAGCUGGUGAUGUAGCCAACAACUCCAACCAUCAAGCAGUUUUGCAAUUGGUUAAUUUGAUUGCUGGAAGAUAUAUUUUCAGUCUUCAAGUCUUUGAUGCUGAAGGACUGAGCAGUUCUGAUUCUGCAUCAAUUAUUGUUAAAAAAAAUCAUAAUCAAAUAAAUCAGAUGGUUCUUGAACUUGACACAGACUUAUCACAUUUUACACAAAAAAGUCUUACCAAUAUGGAAAGUCAGUUGGCAUUGUUGUUACAUAAAUCAUCCUCAGAAGGAGAUAGUGUUAUAAAAACACAAAAAAUCUUUGAAGACCCUUCCAGCGGACACCUCAAAAUGGUUUUUUAUGCUCUUACUGUGAUGAAGGACUCUCAAAAUUUCAAGAGAGGCAUUGAUGUACUGCAUAAUCUGAGACCCAAACUAUAUAGUCAACCUGAUAUAUUUGAAUAUCCUGUUGUUAGCAUAGACACCUUGGUGUGCCAAAAUAAUUGCUCUGGCCAUGGCAGAUGUGAUCAGCACACAAAGCAAUGUAUGUGUGAAGCAUUUUGGAUGCAAGACUUUAUUCGAACUAAACUCUUACAUGGAGAAAAUAAUUGUGAUUGGAGUAUUCUGUAUGUUGUGAUAGUGUGUUUCUUAAUUGUUGUUGGCACAGCAGGAAUUAGUUGGGCAAUUUGCUGCUGUUGGAAAAAACGCAGGUGUCGGUGGAGGACAAAAAAACGUAGUAAAUAUUCCUUACUUCCUCAAAUAGAUGCAGGCAAAGACAGUCCAGAUGUAUAUUCUAAAACUCGCUUGAAGGCAUUCAGUGGGCCUUUGCACACAGACUCGGUGAUUUCCAGUGAAGAAGAUACAUUAUUCAUAAACCACAAAAAGCCCAAUGGACAAAUCCGGCCAAAAAAUGGACUCACCCAACACACAAGAAACCAAAUGAAAUGA